CCUGUCAUAGCUAAUCAAUUUCUUGUUAACUUUUUUAACUAAAUAACUAAUUAAUUAAAUGAACUGGGGGUGAAAAUCAAUAGACACGAAAUGGCUGGACGUUAAACGUUUCUUUUGACUGCCCAAGACUUCUGCACAGUACGUUGCAUACGGUAUUAUGAUGUAUAAACGAGCACCAGGAGAUUGCGGCCGAACUCGUUGAUGUGUAGGAACCUAAGUGAGGAGGUGUUUGUGUUCAGUCGGAAUGUUUCACAUGACGGACUUCGACGAAAGCACUACAUCGAAAAACAAAACCGGGAAAUAAGAAAAAAAAGAUCGAGAAGUUUUCGAUCAUGCCAGGCCUGACGGCCAUAGAGCGUGGUGGUUUUAAACAGAUUUUAGGUUUUCUGUCGGAGGCUGAUUUGCGGGGUCUUUGCGACACGGUAACCAACAGAAUGAUUGUGGUUGAAAACGCUAAAGAGGCAAUGGAGGCUGUAUUGGCGUACAGUCAGGAUGCUGAAGAGUUGCUAAAGCGUAAGAAGGUGCACCGAGACGUCAUUUUCAAGUAUCUGGCGGCCCAGAAUGUUGUCGUGCCACCCACGGCUGAGAAGAGUCAGCUAGUGAAGGCCACCCUUCAGCUAUGGCGCUCGGGGAAGGUGUCAAGGCCGGCCAUAGAAGAAAAGGAGGACAAUUCAAAUGUGAAGGUAUUUGAUUACUUGACUCUGGGGAAGGAGUUUUGUCUGUGGUUUUUCCAAGCUCUGAACUCUCAGAACCCUGCUAAAGGUCAGCCCCCUGAGCCCUGGGGUCCACAGCACUUCUGGGAGAAUGCAUGUCUGAAACUCCAGUCCACCAUGCAAGCGGAGCAGCUGGAUGAGUUCCAAGGGGCAGAACUGGUCAGCCUACGUCUCCUGGCCAUGGUUAGAGAGGAAAGACUUCUCUUUAACCCCAACCUUGAGCCCCAUGGCCUGAAAUGUGUGACCUCACCACACGGACUGGUGGUAGUGGCUGUGGCUGGGACCAUACAUAGAGAUUUGGUCUGUAUGGGCAUUUUUGAGCAGGUCUUUGGGCUCAUACGUUCCCCGUUUAACAAAAAGAACUGGAAGAUUAAAUCAAUCCAUUUGAAAAUAAGACAUUGUAACACACUCGGAGGAGAAAAUCUGUCAUCACCAGCUUUAACAUGCAACUCCAGUCAGCUACAACUCUACGGUGAGUGAGGGUUGUAUUUUCACGCCAUAAACUCUGUCUUCUUUUUCAAUGAAACAAAGCUGAAACUUUUAGUUCUGUUUGGCAUCUUUUUUAAUGGUUUUAUUCCUUUUAUUGUAAAAAUUUAGGGUUUAAGUUUUUCUCCAAAUUGUCGGCAUGAGAAUGUCGGCACAGCAAACGGCCUCGCUCCCUUAUUCAUACUUAUUAACUUGUUUUCUCAUUACCGUUUAUUAUUAAAGGCCCGUAAUAUAUAAGUUUAAACUCUUUUGACUUAAAAAUCAACUAGACAUCUCAUAACGCAUGUUUAUAAUUUCGUUACUGAAAUCUGUGGUGUUUAUAUAUGUUACGGAGUUGGGGAUCAUUGUCAAUAUUUCAAUGGCUAGUAUUGCAAUGUUUCGGAAGACAUCUGUGCGUAUGCAUGCAUCUCAUCUCCAGAUAUAUGGUUUGUGUAUUAUUUUAUGAGUAAUGCAAUGGCUAUUUAUCAAAAAUCUUUUUUUUUUUAAUUUUUUUUUUUAAAGAAUCCCUUUAGGUUAAAAACCAUUUAUUGCCAUUAAUAACCAAGUUAAAUGCCUGGCAUGACCCUUGUUGUAAAUAACAUUGUAAGUGCUGUUGUUUUUCGCCUUUAUCAGUUUGAAAUAAACAUUGAGACUGCAUAA